GUCUGUGACCACAAUAACUUCUGCUUCGUCUGGCUCCAGUCAACUCUUCCUCUUUGUCCUCGUCAUAAAGACUCUUCUGAUAAACAGCUUCUCACAUUUUCUUUUGGAACGAGAGCAGCAGUGGAGGAGAAAGAAGAGAUGAAACCUUUCCUCCAUCACGUUACUGCUGCAAGACAGAAUCAUUAAAACAGUCAGACCACGAUAAACGAUUUCAAACAGAUGCGGGCAGCGACCUGGAAUCGACCGUUUAUCAUUUACCUCUGAGUGUGUUAGUGUUUCAGAUACGCUCUGACCUCGGUUAUGCUGGACGCUGCCUCAUGAGCCGAACACGACGACAGGACCGAGGUCAACGUCAAGGAGGAAGAGAAGCUCUUACCUCAGAUUAACUGGCUGGAAAGUCUGGACCAGAAAUCAGUAGAAUCAUCUCUGACGUACGAGGUGAACUUAAGCUCAGUUGUUGAACCUGAGUUGUUUUUGUCAGUGUUGGUCACGAUGGAAAAAACCACAACACAGGACAUUAAAGUGCGUGAAAACAAAUCCUGAUGCAAGAAGCUUUUCUCACGACAUUCAAUCUCAGUGGACACAAGAGAUUCUGUCCUGGAGAAACCGAACUUGUGAAGUUUUAAAUAAGAUCAAGUCGUUUUCCAGCCGGUGUUGUUGUGGAUCUUAACAUACGAUCCAGACAGUGUCAGUGAUCCAACCGUCUGUAACCCAGACAGUGUCAGUGAUCCAACCGUCUGUAACCCAGAUCGGCACAAAACACGAGUAACUUUAGACCAGAUUGCAACAAAUUUCUGUCUUUUCUAUAUUUCUUUUGAUGCUAAAGUUACAGGAAACCUGGAAACAAACGGAUCUUCUGGGAAACGGGACACAAUGAGACGCCGUGGACAAAGAAGAAGAAACGAUGUAAACUAAAACUUAUCGUGAUUACACUCGUCCGCUGAUUCAGGAUAAAUACAGGAGAGGAUGAACCGAGUCAGUGUUGGAUGUGAAGGUGAAAUACUGACGCAGGAGAAACUCUGAUAAUCUACACAGCUGCUCCUUGACUCCCUCUUCUUCAUCAUCACCAUGAUGAAGGUGCUCAGUGCGUGUCUCACCCUCUGCCACCUUUUGACCCCGACUCGAUCCCUCCCGCUCAACUCCACCGAGCCCAUGGGCAAGUACUCGGGCCUCUGUGAGUACGAGAGGCAGCAGUGCUCCGGCCUCGUCGGAUCGUUCUGCCCCCAGUGCGACGCCUACGGUAACUUCCUGCCGCAGCAGUGCUGGGGCUCCACCGGGUACUGCUGGUGUGUCAACGUCAUCACCGGGGUGGAGAUCCCCAACACGCAGACCAGGCCGGGGAUGGAUCCUGUGGAGUGUGGCGUGGGGUACUCCUGCCCCAGCGGCUGGAGCAACUACGCAGAAAGGUGUUUCAGCUUCAUCGACACCCCGAAGAUGUGGGCUGAAGCUGAGAUUUACUGCCAGUUUGACGGAGCCAACCUGGCGUCGAUCCACAGCUACGAGGAGAAUCGCUUCGUCAUGUCUCUGACCAGAGGAGACACCCACGACUUCCCUGAGACCUGGAUUGGUGGCGUUGCUCCCGUGCUUCCCGGUUACUGGCUGUGGACUGACGGCUCCAAGUUUAACUACGAGAACUGGUUUAACCACCACGACAUCAAUAAUCCCAACGAGACCUGUCUGAAGAUGAACUAUGGAUACGACUUCAAGUGGUUCACCGACUCGUGUUCUGCUGCUUACCCUUUUGUCUGUUCCAAGUUAGUCUGAACUCACCCGACGAUCAGAACCAAUCAGGUUCCUUGGUUACAUGAAAGGUAGAUUAUAUAUAAACACAGCUUCUAUCGGUUCAUUUUCUUUGCUUGGAUGUUUCACUUGUGGCGUAUCCAGCUUCAAAGAUCUGUAGAGUUAUAAUUAUCACAUCAAUAUAUCAAUAAACAUUUGCAUAACA